AUGUCGACUAUCCCGGUAAAGCGCGGCCAGGUCUGCGACAACUGCCGAUUCCGCAAGGUCAAGUGUGAUCGCGGGCUGCCCUGUAAGAACUGUCACAUCGGAGACCUCCGUUGCCAGUAUCGCCACAGCAUUCGGAGGAAAGGCCCAAAGCAGGGUCAAGGGAGACGACAGACGCAGCUGAGACAGGGUCUGGGUAUUGAUGAGUAUCAAUUCCAGAUACUUACCUCGGAAGCGCCGCCUGGAUCUAUCAGUAACGCCAAUAGUCGCCAAGAUCCCUCAAUAGACCAACCCGACGCCCGGUCAUUCUCAUCUCCACCAACAAACAUCGACUCUGCUCCACAACCAGAGCCAGAACCGGAAUCGGAUUCGACAACACCUCCUAAUGACGCGACUAUCAAUACUGGAGACCUCUGCAAACGCAUGUCACUAUCGCUCGUUGCUCACAUACGGCUCUGCCAGAGAUUUCUCUACCCCAUUAUGCCAGUCGUCGACGACGACGUCCUCGCCGAUGCAGCCCGACUGGACGACAUACCACCUUCCAGAUACGCUCUAAUCCUUGCAAUAUGUGCCGCAACAAGAAUGCAACUCCGGCUUGACAAGAGGAUCGACAACUGUGAGAAUGACCUGAAUACGCAAAUCCCAGCCGAGCCACGUUUGACAGGAGACAUGCUCGUCAACUUGGCUGAGACCUCACUCCGCCAAUACAGCGUGAUAGAUGAUACGACUCUCGAUUCAGUACUCGUCUCCUUCUUCCUAUUUGCAAGCUAUGGUAAUCUCAAUGAUCCGCGUCACGCCUGGUUCUAUCUCAAUCAGAGCAUCACCCUCGCUCAGUCUCUUGACCUGACAAAAGAGUCUGGCUACUAUGGUCUACCCGCUGAACAACGCGAGAAGAGACGACGCGUUUUCUGGCUUCUCUUUGUUACAGAAAGAACCUUUGCACUCCAGCACAGAAGAUCCGUCAUGCUCCGAAGCACAGUCAACAAGCCCCAAAUCGUCGAUUCAAAUUGCCCCGUAGUGAUGCACGAUUUUAUAAAUCACAUUCGCCUUUUCGAAUCCCUCCCAUAUUCACUGUACGAAUGGCAGCCGGAGGGCGAUGAUCAGCGCUUCGAUGACUUGAAGCUUGUAAAUACAAUCAACGAGAAGCUCUGCAGUGUGCAGCCAGACCUGUCGAUCAUAGAGAGUCAACGAUUCGAUACGCUCAUCACUCAACAGUGGUUACGGAUAUCCAUGUGGAGGAUUGCAUUUGGCCAGAAUCCAUCGUCGGCGUCUGGCUUCGGACUACUUCUUCCGCCUUCGCUUCCAAUGGAUGCAGGCAAGAUCAUCAUGUCUGCCUUGGGGUCUGUUGGAACUAAGUCGAAAGACUGCCAUGGCAUCGGGAUGGAACAAAAGCUUUUCGAUGUCGGCGUCAGUCUCGCAGAUACCGCCCAACUCCCUGGCUGGACCUAUUCUGCACUCGAAAAUGGCCCUCGGGACUUGCUCUCCGUCGUGAUCCAUGCUCUAUCAGCCGUUCGAGGCGCUCAGUCUCACUUGUUGCCCAAUCUUCUCAAGCACUCAGAGACAUUAUUUGCUCUUGCAGAUCCCAGCGCGCAUCUCGAUCUCCAAUGGGAUAUGCAAGAUGCUGGAAAUGAUGACAGGCCAGCGAUUGUUGAGGAACUGUCGCCCGAAGAUGAACAGCCCGUGGAUCCGUUGGGCUGGGUACCAGAUGGUAAUCUCGAUAUGCUGGAUUUGAGUACACCUGUUGUGACGACAAGUUGGGAGGAUGCCACGAGGUCGUGUGGCCAGUUUGAUCCCGAGAUCGGACUUUCUUUCAACUGA